AUGACUAGUCCAUCUGGAGAAUUUCCAAGUCUAAAAUUGAAUACCGGUGCAUCAAUCCCGCAGCUCGGUUUCGGCACAUGGCCAUCAAGUCAUGCCGAUGCGUACACUGCUGUUAUCACUGCCUUGAAAACUGGUUACAGACACAUCGAUGCUGCCGCAAUGUAUGGAAACGAAGCUGCAGUUGGAAAAGGUAUCAGAGAUUCUGGUAUUCCAAGAGAGGAGAUCUUCGUUACCACCAAGCUAUGGAAUACUCAACAAAGAGAUCCAGCAAGUGCUUUGGAUGAGUCUUUAGAACGGUUGGGUUUGGACUACGUGGAUUUGUUCUUGAUACAUUGGCCGGUUCCAUUAAAGCCAGUUGGCGGUCCAGAAAAUCUCUUGAAAUACCCAACUCCAGGAAUUAAGCCACAGAUUGACACUGAAGAUUGGAGUUUCAUCAAGACCUGGGAACUGAUGCAAACUUUGCCAAAGACCGGAAAGACCAGAGCCGUUGGUGUCUCCAACUUUUCUAUAAAGAACCUCGAGGAUCUGUUGAACUCUAGUCCUGAUGUAUUGGUUCCAGCUGUAAACCAAUUCGAAAUUCAUCCUCAAUUGCCCCAAACUGAAUUAAUUAACUACUGUAAAUCGAAGGGUAUAGUUGUUGAAGCAUACUGUCCUUUGGGCUCUUCUUCUUCCGCUAUGUUAUCCGAUCCAACUAUCGCAGAAAUCGCCGAUAAAUACCAUGUAAAACCAGCAAAUGUUCUGAUCAAUUGGGGUAUUUCCCGUGGCUAUUGUGUGCUACCAAAAUCCUUCACUCCGGCUAGAAUCGCUUCCAACAAAACACCUGUUCAUUUAUCUCGAGAAGACACAGAAAGGAUUACAAAACUAUCCGAGACUUUAGGCGUUAAAAGAUAUGUUCAUCCAGACUUUGAACCAUACCCUCUGUUUGAAUAG